CCUUUGUCAAGCAGCGUCACCCCCCGAGCCCCAGCGGUCCCGUCCCAAGUCUCUACAGGGGGGACCCUCAUUCUAUGAAGCAGCAAGCCCCAGUGUGGGCCUGGAGCAGUCAGGUGGCGGCACACAGCAGGCAGUGCCCAGAACCUCUGUCCCAACCUCCACCCAGGGACCCCAGAAGGAGAAGAGCCGCUAUGCACCUCCCCGAAAGCCUGCAGGACCUGGCUGACAGUGAGGCUGUGCAUUUUCUGAAGAAGCCAAAGAGCAUUGCACGGAUCUUGGAAGGGAUCUUCUCCCUCGUCAUCUUCUCCUCCCUGCUGACUGAUGGCUACCAGAACAAGACGGAGUCUCCUCAGCUCCACUGUGUACUCAACAGCAACAAUGUGGCCUGUAGCUUCGCUGUGGGGGCUGGCUUCCUGGCCUUCCUCAGCUGCCUGGCCUUCCUGGCUCUGGAUGCCCACGAAAGCCGCAUCGCUAGCACCCGCUUCAAGACAGCCUUCCAGCUCCUAGACUUCAUCCUGGCUGUCCUCUGGGCAUGCAUCUGGUUCGUGGGGUUCUGCUUCCUGGCCAAUCAGUGGCAGCAUUCACAGCCCAAAGAGUUCCUCCUGGGGAGCAGCAGCGCCAAGGCAGCCAUCGCUUUCUCUUUCUUCUCCAUCCUUGUCUGGAUAUUCCAGGCUUAUCUGGCGAUCCAGGACCUCCGAAAUGAUGCUCCAGUCCCCUACAAGCGCUCCCUGGAUGAGGGUGGUGUGGUGCUGACCACCCUCUCCCCACCCUCUGCCGCCAGCCCUGUCAAUUUGCCUACCGGCCCCAACAGCCUGAGUUACUCCAGCUCCGCCCUGUCCCCCUAUCUGACCACUCCAAAGGCCCCUCGCCUUGCUAUGAUGCCUGACAACUAA